CACGCACUACACCGGUGCACCACGGGGUUCGCAUUCAAACUGACCAGCGGGUCUCUGCGCGCACACCGUCCUCUGCAUCCAUCACCGAGCAGCAGCUGAACCGGAGCCGCUCUGUUGUGUCCUACUCAGGUGCCGAGCAGCUGCGGAAAGAAGAAGAAGAAGAGGAGAAGAGAGGAGGGGCCGUUUCUACUAAGCUCACUGUGACUCAGUGAGUUGUUUGAACCUGGACUACCUGCCCACAAUUCUCAAGCCAAACUGACCCUCCCAGCCUCCCACCUCGCUGCCCUCCACCUUCUCUGAUCUGGUCCCAGUGCCAUGGCCUUUACCCUGUCAGAGAUAAUGGCAGCCAGACGGCAGCAGACGCAGGCUCAGUUGCAGGCCCAGCGAGGCAACAGGACAGCAGUGGAAGUAGACGAAUACAGCACCAACCCCACUCAGGCCUUCACCUUCUACAACAUCAACCAGGGACGCUUCCAGCCGCCACAAGUCCACAUGGUGGACCCGAUGCCCCAUGACUCGCCCAAACCCCCCGGCUACACCCGCUUUGUGUGCAUCUCCGACACUCACUCCCGCACCGACAGCAUCCAGAUGCCGUACGGAGACGUGUUCAUCCACGCCGGAGACUUCACCGAGCUGGGACUGCCCUCUGAGGUCAAGAAGUUCAACGACUGGCUAGUUGGCCGUCAAACUUCAUGGGUGAAGAACCGCUAACGUUGCAGAAUUUCUGAGGGGACACAGAUAUUGUUCAUUUGCCGAAAAAUGUAUGAGCACGACGUCACCUUGCCUCGCUGUCUGUUUUCCAUAGUGUCGUGCACACACACAUGCAGACCCACAAAAGACUUAUGCAUUCCCCUUACUUAUUUUUCACUUACCCCAUAGCAACUUGCGUACUUCCUCAGCUUGUUUGACCUUUGGAUGAUUCCCUUCAUUAAAUUUCUUUGCUUUUAUUUGCAGAUACACAGUUUUACUUCUGGAUGUAGAUGUGCCACCCCUGAGAUAAUAUCCAGUGUCAGACUAAAGGCUUCUUCUUGACCUUACUUCAUAUAUUUUUAAUGCACGCUUUGCAUUUUUGCCAUGCAUGCAGUCUCAGCUCUGUCCAGUUUAAUAUGAAUAACUUCACACUCGUUCACUUCUGCUCCGGUCUUCAAAGACUUAAACAACAAGCUUAACAAGUCUCCAGGUAGAUGCUGCCCCCCCCCCCCCAUGCAGCUUCAUAGUUCUAUUUCAGUGAGCUUUUACCCAGAAACUGCACAAGGCUGCAGAGAAAAAUACAUGUUGUAUGAUAAUUGUGAAGCAUUUUGUGAGGACGGCAUGAGCAGCAAUUUAACAAGGUUUGUACAUGCUGUAACCCUAGAAAUAAAGAGCCUGAGAUGGCGAAAUUAUUUCUACGAAGGCUCAUAUGAUGGAGUCUAAUGUGAAAAGGUUUCUGCUGUGUUGCAGAGACUCAUCAAAGCCACCGUUUUACGAUUUUUUUUUUUAGCAAUUUGUUUGCUUUUUUACUUUUAAUCUAAUCCACAAAUUAAGCAUUAAACAUAUUCAGUACCAAGUACACCGAACCAGAGAGAAAAAGUGCUUCUUGGACUAACUUAAUUCAUCAUGUGGACAGAAAAGUGACUCAAAACAAUA